CUCGCCGUCCGACCGCCGAGCGGUACAGUCGCGUGUACGAGUUUGCACGAAUCACUGCGAACUCGCUCGCUCCGACUCCGAUCAACGGGCCGCGUGUGCGUGGAUUUUCAAAUUUCGAAUACAGUGUUGAUGUUCUAAUUCCGUGAUUUACGAGACAUUUUUGUCGUGUGCGCAAUCUCGUUGGGCUCACAACGCCGAUGGAAUACGCAAUACGCAAUGUGAGUCGAGAUGCGAUCGUGGGUCGCUGGAGUUGGACUACACGCGGGCGCACCAUGUAACACUGUACUAUGAAUCCGAGCAGCUUCAUCGUCUACAUCACAAGCCUGCUGUGGCUUAACCUCACUGAUGCUAAAAUUGGCUACUUUUGGCACAUCACAGAUCUUCAUUACGACCCGUUCCACAACUCCCAGGAGUUCCAUAGAGGAUGCCGGCACAACAGGGCCAACAACGAACACAGCCAUCGCAACGGCCGCCAUCGCGACCACACAUGCGACAGCUCAUGGUCGCUGAUACAGAGCGCCGCUGCGUUCAUGCAAGAGCGGCAUCCUGAUACCCUGGAGUUUGUUCUGUGGACUGGGGAUAUCCUCUCAUCAUCCAUGGAGCACAUGAGCGAAGACUUCAAGCUGGAAGCAGUCCGGAAUGUGACUGAUAUCCUGAGUAGAACGUUUAGCAGUCAGUUUGUAUUCCCAGCAUUGGGGCACAAUGACCCCCCACCUUCUAAGAGGCUGGUAGACAUGUGGAUGCAGUGGCUUCCGACUGAAGCUCUACAGACUUUUAAAACAGGUGGAUAUUACACAAUAGAGCAAUCGCACAGUAAGCUCAGGAUCGUGGUCCUGAACAGCGUGUUGUGGGCAGGCGGCGCGGCUAGAACGGAUGGGCCGCAUCUCGGACAAGCACAAUGGGGAUGGUUGGAAGAAGUCCUCGCCAAAGCCAGAAGUAAAAACGAAAUGGUAUACCUAGUAGCCCACGCAGGCCCAGGUAUGGAGGAACGUCACAAUGCCGGUAGUUCCUCCGCGGCCGGUGGGGGAGAACUCACCCCCUCAGCCAAUGGAAGGUUGCUGCAAACCAUCAGACAAUUCAGUGACGUCAUAGCUGGACAGUUUUACGGACAUCGUCAUACUGAUACUUUCAGAAUUAUUUAUAGUGGAGGUCGACCGGUCUCGUGGGCUUUGCUGGCCCCAUCGGUAACCCCCAGAGGAGCUGGUAGCAUGUCAAAUCCUGGAUUGAGACUUUACAAAUUCGACUCUAAUACCGGAAAGGUCCUGGAUUACACUCAGUAUUACUUAGACAUUACAAACACCAGGGGAGAAGUCCAUUGGGCAGUGGAGUAUAACCUGACCCAGUAUUAUGGCUUGAGGGAAGUUAGCGCGAUGUCGCUUGAUGCCUUGGCUGAGAGGAUACGAAACUAUAAUGAUCGUGGAGUCUUUAUAAAGUAUAUGACAGCGCUCCGGGUGCGCCACAACAUUGAUACAGCGGACUGCGACUCGGCGUGUGUGCACGUCCACUACUGUGCAAUUACUCGCGCCGACUACCAACAGUUUCGCUCGUGCGUCCGCAACCCCGCAUCGGCGCUAGCGUCGCAAGCGGCGCACAACACAACCGCCAUCUUGCUUUACGCCAUCUUGAUUUUGAUCUCAUCGUAAGUUUGUAAAUGUAUAUUUAAGCAGAAGUAAUUAGAUAUUAUUUCCUUUAUUCAGUUUAUUGUAAACAAUAAACAUUUUUAUAAGAAGCCUUAGCUUCGAAUCUUAUUUAUUUUAAUGGCGUACUUCAUCAUCUCUAGGCCUUUAUUCUCUAUUUCUUGAAUGUAGCUGUUUAAGAGGAUUUCUUUUAGACAAAACGAUAUAUGGGCGCUCUUUGCAAUAAAAUUACCUUGGGAAUUGUGUGUAUAUGUUAUUUAUGUGCUGGUUUUUUCCAUGUAAUAUAUGAGAGCCUUAAACACCGCUAUUAUAUUAUACUAAGUCUUAAAUCAUCUUUACUUUAAAAUACAUUUUAUAUAGUCACAUUUUUCAUAAAGAGCUCAAAUCAUAAUAGAUAAUAAGUGAUUUCAUACGACGUUACUCAGUUUUAGUAAUAUAAACAUUAUGAUAGAUAUUUUAUUAAUGCCUAGAGUUGGUGAAUUAAUUAGUGAAUAAUAUUGAUUUAGAAUUAUUGUAAAAUAUGUUAUGAGAGUGGUCUAAAUAUUCAUUGAAUGUAAGCAGUUAGAAAUUGUUUGUGAUUCGCGUCGCUAAUUUGAUUGUGAUAUAAUUAAUGUUUUGUAUAUAAAUAUAAGUGAACUGAUCAAUCAAUGUAAUUAAUAA